CCCUCCCUCUCAUUCCCCUCUCAUUCUCUCAUUCCGUGCGCCAUCCCUCUCAUUCCCCUCUCAUUCCCCUCUCAAACUCUCAUUCCGUGCGCCUUCACUCUCAUUCCCCUCUCAUUCUCUCAUUCCGUGCCCCUUCACUCUCAUUCCCCUCUCAUUCUCUCAUUCCGUGCGCCUUCACUCUCAUUCCCCUCUCAUUCUCUAAUUCAGUGCGCCUUCACUCUCAUUCCCCUCUCAUUCUCUCAUUCCGUGCGCCUUCACUCUCAUUCCCCUCUCAUUCUCUCAUUCCGUGUGCCUUCCCUCUCAUUCCCCUCUCAUUCUCUCAUUCCGUGCGCCUUCACUCUCCUUCCCCUCUCAUUCUCUCUUUCCGUGUGCCUUCGCUCUCAUUCCCCUCAGUCUCUCAUUCCGUGCGCCAUCCCUCUCAGUCUCUCUUUCCGUGCGCCUUCACUCUCAUUCCCCUCUCAUUCUCUCAUUCCGUGCGCCAUCCCUCUCAUUCCCCUCUCAUUCUCUCAUUCCGUGCGUCAUCCCUCUCAUUCCCCUCUCAUUCUCUCAUUCCGUGCGCCUUCACUCUCCUUCCCCUCUCAUUCUCUCUUAGGGUGUGCCUUCCCUCUCAUUCCCCUCUCACUCUCUCAUUCCGUGCGCCUUCACUCUCCUUCCCCUCCCAUUCUCUCAUUCCUUGCGCCUUCACUCGCAUUCCCCUCUACUCUUCUCACGUGCGCGUUCUCUCGUCCCCCUCUGGUUCACUCCUCACGUGCGCGAUCUCUCUCUUUCCUCUCAUGCGAGUUUGUCCCAUUCCCCUCUGCUCCGCUCCUCCCGUGCGCAUGCUCUCUCUUUCCCCUCUGCGCCUAUCCGCCCAUGCGCAAUUUUGCACCUUCUCUCUCCCGUACGCUCGUCCUCGCUAUGCUCCGUUGCCUCCUACCCCUUUCAUCCUAUGCUUGUAUUCUCUAGUUCCCCGUUCAUCCUGUGAUUGUCUUCGCUGGUUUUCCCCUUCCCCAUCAUCUCAUAUGCUUAUGUCAUUUCUCUGCCCAAGAUGUCGUCUCUGUGCAUUCGACACUCGAUCGGGUUUGGGACGCCACAUGCAGAGCAACUCCUGCCCUGCAAACCUCAUUAGCAGUAGCGAGCAGCUGCAGGCCCCCAAGCGCGCAAGGUCGAGCUUCAUCCCUCCUAACCCCAUUCCGCGUGCAGUACUUAGGUUGGAGCCUGUGCAUGCAAAUGUAGGAACGGGUGUUGCGGAAGAUGUGUGUAUUGAUGUACCUCCUAUUUCUCGUGCUGAUCCAACAGACACUAGUGAUACUUCCUCAUCCUCUGAUUCAGUAGAUAGCGCGCUGCCCUUUGAACAAGAUGACGAUGCGUCUAGUAACGCUGCUGUAUCUGGUGCUGAUGAUGAUGGUGGGGAGGGAGCUCAAGCAGGUGUUGCACUGGCGGAAGAGGAAGAUGCCCCUCAGUUUAACCUCAAGGAUGCUCUUGCGCACUGGAUCCUCUCCAACCGACUCUCUAUCAGUCAGAUUAACGCUCUGUUGGAAAUCCUGCGCAAGACCAUUCUUGAAAUACAAGAUUGGAAGUCCUACCGAGACGUGCAGGCGUACGCUGAGUCUAGGGCGACGGAUGGCCACCGAGGUUGGCGACGAAAGACCAUCCGGUCACGUAACAAGGCUUGGCUGGAGUAUUGGUAUUGUGAUCCGUUGAUUGCUCUGCAGGACCUGUUGAAGAACCCCAAGCUGGCUGCCAAGAUGGUGUUCCAUGCAGAUCCUCAAUAUGUGGGGAACGUGAGGGUGUACAGUACCCCCGAGACAGGCCUAUGGUGGGAGAGGUUGCAAACUUUGGUGCGGGAGGAGGAUCCGGAUGGAGUUGUGGCUGCUUUGAUCCUUGCGAGUGACGAGACGCAUAUGGAUCAUAGAGGGAAGGCGAAGGGUCAUCCUGUGUAUCUCACGUUGGGUAACAUUGAUAAGGACGACAGGUGGCAACCCUUUGGGCACGUGCUACUAGCACUGCUCCCUGAGUUUCCUGCAGAGUACAACGUAGUGGACAAGAUGCAAGUCCACAAUUACAUCAUGCGAGAUGUGCUGCAAUCUCUUAAGACGGCAUCCUACACCGGCAUAGCUAUGAAGAAUGCUGCAGGCGAGUCAAUCAACGUGUGGCCCUAUUUGUACGCUUAUGUGUCGGACUACCCAGAGUCGUGCAAGAUCACGUGCAUGAAAUCAUUGGGUACUUUGUUUCCGUGUUCGAUUUGCAAGGUGGACAAGAAGCACUUGGCAGUGCUGCAGGAUCGUAUCCAAGCUCGUACACCAUUCGAGCAGGAUACCAUUGUGCGAGACAUCUUAGAAGGCCGGCUCGCACUAGAUGCGGAGGCAACCUUCUCCACCCACCCUGUGCAGGUAUAG